AUGUGCCUGGGAAAACUAACAACAACAUGGAAAUCGGCGUCCUCAAUUAUUUUAGGCAAGUUUUCCCACAAUGAAAAAUCAAAAUUAUGAAUGAAUAUUUCAGCAAGUACGAAAAGUCGACGAAUUUUGAUGUUGAAACGAGGAAAUACAGCAUCUUUUAUGCCGAAUUCAAUGGUUUUCCCAGGUGGAAUUGUUGAAAAAAGUGAUGCAAAGUUUGGGGAACAAUAUAGAAUUGCUGCAAUUAGGGUUAGAUUUUAACAAUUGCUACUAUUUUUAUUUUAAACACUUUUUUGUAGGAACUUUUCGAAGAAUCGGGUGUUCUAUUGACAAAAAAUGGAUUUGAAACAUCGGAUGGAAAUGAGGAUUUGAAGAAAAUUAAAAUGGAUAUUGUGAAAAAUUCGGAUAUUUUUGAGAACUUUAAGAAUAAAAUAGAUGCUGAUCAAUUAAUAGAAUGGGACACUUUUCUGACACCCGCCACUAAUCCAAAACGAUUUUUCACAAAAUUUUUCGUGGCACUUGUUGAAGGUAUUCUCCAAUAUUUAUUUUCGUUCAUGCAAAAUUUUCAAUUUUUCAGAUGAACCUCAAAUUGAUUUGUGCACUUCUGAAAUGUCAGAAUAUGUUUGGGUUGAUCCAUUGGAAUGUGUCAAAAAUGCAUUUGAUGGCAAAUUUACACUUCCACCUCCUCAGGUUUAUGAAUUGACUCGAUUAUCUCAAGUAAAUGAUUGGAAAAAACUGGAGAAUUUCGGAAAUACAAAACAAGUAAUAUGUCCACAACCAAUUAAAACAAUUUCACAAAAUUCGAUAACAAACACAUUUCCUGGUGAUUAUUUAUAUAUUGGUUAGUUUAUUUUUGAAUAUUUAAUAUCUGAAGUGGUUGUUUUUUUUGAAGAUUCUGAUUGUUUUAAUCAACCACUUCGACAAUUACCUUCUGAAGAAAUUGCGGUUUUCAAAGACAAACCAACUCAUCGAGCAACAUAUCAAUCAAAACCAAUUUAUACAAAAUGUGAAAUAUAUCAGCACAAUUUAGAAUCAAAAUUUAGAGAAAAUUUCCAUCAAUUUGAAACGCAUUCAAAAUAUUUGUAG